AGAUCGAUUCAUUAAAAGAAAAGGUUAAUAGGCUUAGAAAUGAAAAUACUAGGUUUAAAAAUGCAAUUAGCUAUCAGGAAAAUGGAAAACAAAAUAAGAUAGUAAGCUCUAGCGAAAUGCCUUAUUCUAAUAUCAAACGAUUCAUAAUAGAUUAUGUUUUAUUAUAG